AGCAUGUGUGGCUAAUGCUUACGUCGGAAUCCGAGGAUAAAUUUGCGCAUGGCGAAUGAUGCACGAUAUAAAGCAUGCGCUCGGAUGCAGCUCGGGCACUAUCGAAACCCUCCACAUUUUCAAGCUCUCGAUUUGCGACGAGGUGACGAAGUUCUCUGUCCUGUAUACACCUUCUUCGCCACGACUUCUCCCAUGCUACAAUACGGGGCUGUACCAAUAUUAUGCGAUGCUCUGGAAGAUGGCAACUUCGACCCGGCUAAGAUUUCGAGACGGGCCAUGUCUAGGACGAAGGUGGUCAUCGUCACACAUUUGUGAAUUUCCUUGCCAAAUGCGAGGAUUGUGGGUAAUUCUCAAAAGAUGAUAGGAACCUGUCGUGAAAUAGAGGCCUGGUCGCUGCAGGCUAAGAACAUUUUCGGUGGACAGGCAGGGGUCAUGGCCAUGAACUCGAACGAUUAUUACUGUCGCUCUAUCCUCCACGGGCACUUCAACAAGCGGGCGAAACAGGAAGUUCCGGAGGAUCACUCUCUGUGCAAGGUUUGGUGCGAGUACUUGCAGGUAUCUUGUUCCCUUCUUGGGAAUAACCGGACUGGGCCUUAACAUGUGAGCCCAUCCCUUGCCUAUCAACCCCUCAAACCAACAACUUGAUGUUCUCUCGG